AAGAGCAAACUUUGUUACCCAAGUUAGGGAGAGUCGGCAGGAUUUAAUGAGCAAUGUUGCCCCCUGGUGGCCACAUGAGGGUUUUGCUAUUUACGAAUUAGAAAAUAUAUAAAGAAUUAAGAAAUCAUUUUAUUUCUAAUUUCUUUUUAUUAUUCCUGUUCAUUUUUAUCGUAAAAUUUGAUUUGUCUCAUUUUUUAUGACGGAAGUUUUAUUUUUCUGUAUUUAAUUUUAGAAAUUGUUACUGUUUUAUCGUUUCCAUGGAAACUACAAACUAACCUCAAUCGUUGUCGUGUGGCUUUGUAUUUCGAGAAGCUCUUCAGGAGACUCAAAUUGUUUUAGAGACAAUAAUUUAGAAAACUGCUUCCCGGGAAAAUGGCUUUUAACUGGAAUAACUAUGGGAUACCAUUUUUACCAGGAUACUCGUUUAGAGAGGAAAGGAAGUCCUCCUUCCACCUACCCCAGACCCUGACCUAUAAGAACGGCUUUGCUUUGCCUUGUCGCCCAUCCGCUGGCAUUGGUCAGGAGCCUCUAGUAUCAGAGCAGCUGUCCCAACAGGAGAUCAGUGAGCUGUCCUUUGAGAAACCAGACCUUACAUAUCACUUUGAUGACAAGACAGUAUACGAAGACUUCAUCCCAGCUUAUGUGAAAUUCGACAAAAAGGUACUUUGUUUCUUUGCAUACUUCUUGGAGGAUGUCUGGAAUUCACCUGACGAGGAUCACCGUAUACGCCAUGUGGUCAUUUAUUACUAUCUCGAGGAUGACAGCAUGUGCAUCUGGGAGUCCGCAGUGAUGAACUCUGGGAUAUCACAGGGGAAGCGGCUCAAACGCCAUCGGGUGCCAAAGAAUGACCGUGGAGACUAUUACCACUGGAAAGACUUCAACCUUGGUAUAGACCUGGAAGUGUAUGGAUACAAGUACCAUCUUACUCACUGUGAUACAUUCACAAAGGACUUCAUGGAACAUGAGGGUAUAGUUCUGAAUGAGCCUGAGCCGAUGCCUGAGGAUCCUUACAUCAAACAUCGUCAACUCUCACCACCGCCCCGUAUCACUUCACCCACACCCGACAUAACUCACCGGUUUCUUACCAUGGACCUCAAGGUGCUACGUUUUCAUGCCCUGUAUGACAAAUCGGACACACCUUAUGAAGAUCCCCGGCCAAUGAUCAUCUACUAUUACCUGGUGGACGACACAGUGGAGAUCAGUGAGGUCCAUGAACACAACAGCGGCCGGAAUCCCUCCUCUCGCUUCUUGCGCAGGCAGAAGAUCCCCAAGAAGCUGAAAUCUGAAACGGCCCCUAGCUGUAUAAUGGAGCUCACUAAGAAGGAUGUAGAGGAGUACUACUCCCCCAAAGACUUCCAGCUGGGUCAAAAGGUCACCCUGCUGAACCAUCACUUCUUGCUCUACAACUGUGAUGCCUUCACUAAAGACUAUUACCAGAAGAACUUCCCAGACAUGGAGAUGAAACCCACAGAGAUACCAGUGAAGAAGGAAUCUCCAAUUCCAGAGAAGCACAUACCACCCUACAAUGGAUUCGGUUCUCUUGAAGACUCCCUUCAGAACUGUUUGUCUUUAAUUCCCAAGCGUCCUAAAGGGAACCUGCAGAAGAUGUUGAAGGGUGACACUGUGUUGCGCUACAGCGCCCGGUUGGACUCGGUGAAUCCUGAGGAUGAAGGCCGACAGUUUGUUAUGUCGUACUUCCUGUUGGACGACACGAUCAGCAUUUUUGAGAAACCUGUCUGCAACUCUGGUUUCAUCGGUGGGAAAUUCCUGAGAAAGACUUGCGUUCCCAAGCCAGGCUCUUCCGUGGAAAAUCCAGAGUUCUACUCACCUGUGGACUUUGCCAUUGGAGCCACUGUAGAAGUUUUAGGCCAUCGCUUUGUGCUGACCGGCGCUGCCCCACAAGUGCUUAAGUACUUGGAGUCAAUCUCCAGCAAGAUUCCCUCUCACACACUGGAUUCUUUGAGACGUACACUUGGUGAGAAGAUGGCAGAAAACCAACCAGACGAGCAGAACGGCGAAGAACCAAAAUCAUCUCCGACAUGAAAACUGGAUUUUAUUUCAAUGUUUCUGCUUCAAAACACAGAAGAAACACUGAAUGUUUAAAAGGUUUGACCUAGUGGAUUUUCAAAUAAAUUUACAAACGG